GGCCUGGUUUAGGACCAGCUACAUCUGUCUGUACUUGUCCUUCAGUCUCAGUCUCUCGGUCUCUCCACUGGCUCAGCUGCUGCUGGGACCUACAUACACCACAGACAGAAACACACACCACCAUGGGUUGCUGUAACAAGCUGUGUGGGCUAAAGGCUGGAAUUGGGGCUGGAAUUGCAGUGGCCAUAUUAGGUAUAAUCCUUAUCCCUGUGGGGAACAAUAUCAUCCGUGAGACUGUUACAAAGGAAUCGGUCAUCGAGCCUGGGACCACAGCCUGGGACAACUGGGUGUCUGCAGACACACCUGUCUACAGACAGUUCUGGCUCUUUGACGUGCAGAACCCACAGGACGUGGUGGAGAAUGGGUCGAAGCCCAAAUUGGUGGAGAAAGGGCCCUACACAUACAAGACGCGGUACCUGCCCAAAGAGAACAUCACGGCCAACCCAGAGAACCACACCAUCUCCUUCCUGCUCCCUGCGGGGGCCAUAUUUGAGCCCUCCCUGUCUGUGGGGUCUGAGGAGGACAGUGUCACCUCCCUCAACCUGGCUGUGGCUGGUGGGUACAAGUUGUUUCCCCCAUGGGUACUGGAAGCUGCAAUAAAGUUAAACAAUGUCUCCCUCUUCCAGCGAAGGACAGUGAGGGAAAUACUCUGGGGUUACAAAGACCCCAUUCUGAAAGGGACACUGGGCCUAUUUUUUCCUUACAACGGCACCUAUGAUGGGCCAUACAGUGUCUUCACAGGCAAGAAUGACAUCUCUAAAGUGUCUAUCAUUGACAGCUGGCAGGGGGAAAAGAAGGUGUCUUUCUGGAACAACACAUAUUGCGACAUGAUCAACGGCACAGAUGGCUCGUCAUUCUCUCCCUUCCUGGACAAGAAGAAGCCUCUGUACUUCUUCUCCCCUGACAUCAGCAGGUCUGUGUCAGCUGAGUAUGAGAGGAGCCUGAACCUGAAGGGGAUCGAGGUGUACCGGUUCAAACUGCCCCCGCUCACCUUAGCCUCCCCUGCAGUCAACCCAGACAACCAGUGCUUCUGCACGGACUCUGUGGUCUCUAAGAACUGCACAUUGGCCGGAGUCCUGGACAUCAGCUCCUCUCGUGGACAACCAGUCUACAUCUCCCUGCCUCACUUCCUGCAUGGUAGUCCAUACCUGGUUGAAGAUGUGGAGGGCCUUGGUCCUAGUGAGGAGCAUCACGUCACGUUCCUGGAUGUGGAACCGACCACGGGGUUCAGUCUGAGGUUCGCUAAGAGACUGCAGGUGAACAUGAUGUACGGCCCCUCCAAGAUCAUCACGGUGUUAAAGAAAGUGAAGGAUUACACCGUGCUCCCUAUAGUUUGGCUAAACGAGACGGCAUCCCUGGAUGACGAGACAGCGGACAGGUUUAAGAAGGAGCUGUUAUCUCGUGUUGACAUGCUGGAGACGGUGCAGUUCACGCUGAUAGGCUUAGGGUCAGCAGCCUUGGUACUCUGCACAGUGGCACAUUGUUUGGUAAGCAGAAACAACAAGCUUGUGUGAGACGGACAAUGCUGCUGUGCAACAGAGGAACAGCGGGGGGGUACAAGGACAUCAGUGUGCUGUAACUUGUCACUUUUAAUAUCACGCACGUUCAUCAUUUGUGUUAUUUACAAUGUCAAAUUUCUUGCUCUGAUACAAAGCGAGGAUAUAUUGUAGACAUUGUGUGAGUUAGAAUGUACUUUUUCCUUUGUACAAAUUCUUAUAAAACUGUUCCUUUAUGUUAUUGUCGUUUGAUUUGCACACACCUCCCUGCUAGAUUUUGGUCAGGGAUCCUGAAAGCUAGAAUAUAAAGCAGGUUGAAAUUGCUAUGACAUUAAUGUAGCGAACAUUCAUGACUCCAAUAAAAAGAAAUCAAGCUGA